AUGAUACGAUUUCUUAUUCAUUUAGGACUUGCAUCUUGGUAUGGAUAUAUACUAUAUUUUGACUAUAGUUUAACAAAAGAUUACACACCAAUUAAAGGAAAUUAUUGGAGUAAAUUUAUUUGGUUAACACAUAUAGAUUUAUGUAUGCAAUUUCUUUAUCAUAGUUUUGCUACACUCAUGACAACAUUUCCAUCAUUAAGAAAUAAUUGUAGAAAAUCUUUUGAUUUUAUUUCUACAGCAUUAGUAUUUCCUGUUGCAGCAACUGUUGUAUUUUUGUUUUGGACUCUUUAUUAUGUGGAUCCUGGUGCAUUAGCUGAUCCACAAGCACAAAAAAUACUUAGUAUAGCAUUCUUCAAUCAUUCUAUACAUACUUUACCAUUACUAGCAAUGAUAAUUGAUUUUAUGUUAUGGAAACAUGAACGCCCACCAAAAUCAAAAACAUUUAAAAUAUUAUUUAUCUUUUCUUCAUUAUAUCUUAUUGAAAUAUUUUAUGUCAAUAGUGUUACUGGAACCUGGCCUUAUCCAAUUUUGGGUCAACUUUCACCACCAUUACGUAUACUUUUUAUUGUUGUAUGCAUGGGAGUUCUUUACUUAGCAUUUCUUAUUGGAGAUACAUUUAAUUAUAUGAUUGGUGCUAAGAGUGAAAAACAAAUUUUAAGAAUUACACAUCCCCCUAAUACUCCUAAUUAUGGAACAUUAAAAGAGGAAUCCAAAGAUGAAUACCGUGUUAUUUAUGCAUGA